GAAAAGUGCUAGAAUAUGGAUAAUAAUAAAAACUGCAUACAAGAGCAUUAUGGCCAUCGUCGACAGCCUGCCUUGGGCAAGGCCAUGCCCGUGACGGCGCUGCUAUUGAAUCUCAAUCUGAACGAUGGCACAGGCAGACGCAACCACGUACAGCCGGAGCAGCGGGAUCAUGAUGAUGAUGAUGAUGAUGAUAAGCCACCGCGUUACUUUAAUGUCACGGAUGAGCCACCAACGCCCGAUGGCGAGGAGCCACCGCCACCACCAGCCCACUAUGGGCAGGAUCGACAGCUGGCUGGUUGCUCGGAGUUGGCCAAGCCAUGUCUGAAUUGUUUGGGACUGGCACCAGCGGCAGAUCAGCAGCUGAACUCCGCGUCCUCGGCCAUAAAUGAGAUGUGCCUGCGUUUGUGCGGCGCUGAGUGCCGCCAGCCGCAAGGCCUCUCCUUGGGUGGCCACCAGCACCAGAGUCUGGAGAGUCAACGUGUGCGCCAGGAUUUCCUCAAGCAAUACGAAAUUGCGGAAGCACUGGCCAAGACCUCGGCAAUGACCUCCACGGUGCAAAUGAGACAGCGUCUGGCCGCACGUAAACUGGAAAUCGAUUUUGAAAUGGAUGUCGAACUGGAUGCCACCAAGCAGGCACAGCAACAGCAGCCACAGCAGAUACAGCAGCAACAGCAGCAGGGUGUGGCCAGUGCCAGCCCCAACUUUAAUCGAAGACAGACUGCAGCUGCCGUUGGAGGAGACACGGUGCCGCCGCCGUCAUCGUCUUCGUCGUCGUUUACCGUCGAUUAUGAGCCGCCUCGCGAUCUGCUCUUGUAUCUUGUAAGAAUGGGCUCAUUCAAUUCGGCGCCAAAGAUCAAUAAUGUGGACUCGCAGGACGAUGGUCUGGAACUGCCCAAGGGUCUGAGCACAUCGGCAUUGCUGCAGCAUGUCCAGCAGUCGAGGGGCGUGGGCAUUGAGCAGCCCUCACUGCUAUCCCGAUGCUUCCUGAAGCCACUCUCAAUGGGCGAGGAUGUCACCGAUGGACUGCGUUGUCUCCAGCUGAACACUGUUUCGAGAGUUUGCAGUGCACCCAUUGAGGGCGACAGUUUGCAGAACAUUCGUUUGCUGCAGUGGAAUAUUUUGUCGCAGACUCUGGGCCAGCAUAACGAUGGCUUUGUGCGCUGUCCCGAAGAGGCGCUGGACUGGCAGCAUCGCAAGUACCUGAUUGUCCAGGAGAUUCUGCAGAACCAGCCCGAUGUCAUUUGUCUGCAAGAAGUGGACCACUUUAAGUUCCUGCAGACGGUGCUGGGCAGCCAGAACUAUGCGGGCAUCUUCUUCCCCAAACCGGACUCGCCCUGUCUGUAUAUAGAGCAGAACAACGGGCCCGAUGGCUGUGCCAUUUUCUACAAACGCGACAAGCUGCAGUUGCUGGGCUACGACACGCGCGUCCUGGAGGUGUGGCGUGUGCAGAGCAAUCAGGUGGCCAUUGCGGCACGACUACAGUUGAAGGCUUCCGGCCGGGAGUUUUGUGUCUGCACCACCCAUCUGAAGGCGCGUCAUGGCGCCCUGCUGGCCAAGCUGCGCAACGAGCAGGGACGGGAUCUGAUGCGAUUCGUUAAGCAGUUUGCUGGCGAGACGCCACUGCUGCUGUGCGGUGACUUCAAUGCGGAGCCCGUCGAGCCCAUUUAUGCCACCAUACUGGGCUGCGAUCUGUUCAAACUGGGCAGCGCCUAUGCGGAUGUUAAGCUGGAGCGGGAGCAGAUACUCCAGCCCAGCGCGGAUGUCAAUGAGUUUGUGGCGCAGUCGAUGAAGCGUGAGCCGCCAUACACCACCUGGAAGAUACGCGAAGAGGGCGAGGAGUGUCACACCAUUGACUAUGUCUUCUAUACACCCGAUCAGCUCAAGAUCAAAAACUGUCUGGAAUUUCCGGCAGGCGAAGAGAUUGGCAAAAAUCGUACGCCCAGCUAUCAGUAUCCAUCGGAUCAUUUCUCUUUGGUCUGUGACUUUGAGCUGCUCGAUGGCCCGCCACCAGCACCACCUCUGACCUCUGACUCUGGCGAUCAGUGCCACAAGACGAGCGACGACAGCGAUGGGGAACGAGAAACGGAGGCCAGCAAACAUGGCAACAUACAAUAAUAAUAGAUAGCCCUUCGCGCCCACGCGCCCACACGCCCACACAAAUGCAUCCGCAAUUCACCAGAUGAGAAGUUUCAAUUACAUUACAUCGAUUGUGAUAUUAGUUGUUAGAUACAUUUUAGCCUCAUAACUCGUACACGAGUGUUGCACCCGACAGUUUGCAGCUUUUUACAAGAGAGAUAAUCCAAAAUUCACAAUAAAUAAAUAAAUUUAAGUUGGAAGAAAGUCAACCAAACA